GAGAAAUCCGAGUUGAAUCGUUGACAGCAAGCAUGAAAGUGGAAGAAGGAUUGGGAGGAAGCCAUGGUACAAAACUUCUCUUCAAAAAGCAGACCAUAGUAUCCGAUUCUUUGCUUUUUGUUUCACAGUUUGCAAAUUGCAAUCCUCGGUCUAUUUCUUCUAUCUUUCCCUAACCAUUUUCUCCCGUUUCAAAAAUGUGCUCCUCUUUCCGUUUCUCCUCUCGAUCCUGAAUCUUUUUUCGACUGCAUCGCCUUAUCAAUUUCUCCUCCACCAUAUAGAUGGAGAGAAAACAUAUAUGGCACUGUAGUUUGGCUGUGAUGAUACAAUGGUAAACAUCAAAACCUCACAUCGUCCUAUCAUAUCGUAUCGACCUAUACGACCUUCUGAUUUAGAAGUUCUUGAGAAGAUCCAUGGUGAUUUGUUCCCUAUCAGGUAUGAAUCUGAGUUUUUUCAAAAUGUUGUAAAUGGACGUGACAUUGUAUCGUGGGGAGCUGUUGAUUGCAAUAGGCCCAAUGGUCAAAGUGAUGAACUUAUUGGAUUUGUUACUGCACGAACUCUCACCACAAGAGAUUCUGAGGUGGAUGAUUUGAUCAGGUUUGACCCAUUGAAGCCCGACCAGACUCUAGUUUAUAUAUUGACACUGGGAGUCUUAGAAUCUUAUAGGAACAAUGGCAUUGCGUGUUCUCUGAUCCGUGAGGUCAUAAAAUAUGCAUCAAGCAUCCCAACUUGCCAAGCAGUGUAUCUGCAUGUGAUCUCUUACAAUGAACCAGCAAUCUUCUUGUACCAGAAAAUGUCAUUCAAGUGUGAACGGAAAUUGCAUUCUUUUUAUCUGAUUGAAGGCCAUUAUUAUGAUGCAUUCUUGUUCAUAUACUACGUAAACUGUGGCCGUUCUCCUUGCUCACCCCUAGAGGUUGUAACCCUCUUGAUCUCUAUUGCCAAGAGUAGAUUUAAGUCAAUUUCUUCAAAGUUGUGGAAAUGUGAAGAAAGAAAGACAUCCAUGUGGGUCAGAUGCAAGGAAUCGGGUUGUGUUCUUCCUACAACACAGAACAAGAGGACACAACUUAAACUGCAUGAAGAUUUCAAAUGUGUGAAAAAUUGAUGACAAUGUAUAAAUAAUAUUGUGUCGAAUUGUUAGUGCACUUGUCAUGAUCAACAUGCUUGGAAAAGUAAAGAAAUUGUGUCUUGUGUCCUUCAGGGAAGAGAUUACACAUUUACACUGAUAUAUGUCACUUGUUUUAUCCUUGUAACUGUAACCGGGCCAUGUGUAAAUAUGUGUGCUUGUAAUCGACCAUAUUGAUAGUACCCGUGCACGCGCUUUGAGAUUUUUUAA